GCCGAACCGACCUUCAACGCCGAGACGACCAUCCACCCCACGACAACAUCCACAACAGAAAACGCGCCCCCCAUGGCUUCCUUCAUCGCACGCCGCGCUCUCCAGACCCGGGCUUUCUCGACGACCGGCCGCCGAUUCGCCCAGGCUGACGCUGCGCUCAAGGAGGAGACAAAGCGCAACCCCGAGCUUAUGAUCCUCGGAGGCGUCAUGGCUCUUACCUUUGCCGGGGCUGGUCUCUACUUCGGCCGCACGCCCACCAAGUCCACAUCCGAGCAGGAGGUUGGCAUGGCCAGCCAGGGCAUGCCCUGGGAGACCGGUUCCGCCGAGGGCAAGUACCGAUACCACCCGGGCGGCGACACCUCUCAGGCCCCCAAGGACGCCCCCAGCGCCGUGAACGUCGUUGUCAUUCCCGACGUCAACCUGCCCAAGCACCUGCACGACAAGUAUAACAAAUGGGGUAAGGAUGGCUACUAGACGUUGGCUACUUGGAGUGGAGGCAUGGAUAUGAAUAGAAACGGCGAGGAAGUGUAGUGGAAUUCCAGGCGAUUAGAGCAUCCAGAAUAUCACCAGUCCCCGCCCCUUUGUACAUAAUCCGAAAUCAGAAAUGAGCAUUACAUCCAUCGCCCCAUAUAAAUUAACGAUUAUGAAGAGGAGCACUCGACGUCCAAGCCGCUCAAACAGCGCACCUGUGUAUCCGGAUUAUCCCACUCCAUGUCGUCCC